CAGCCAUUCAAUCCUAAAAGUGAAGGCCCCCUUCAUCUAACAGCAUCAAUCUACGAUAAGACCACUCAAGAGAAUCUGCACCAUUUUCAAAUUUUGGUGCCAUGUACUAUUAUCUUUCACCAAUUAGGACAAUUACUCCAUAUUAUCUUUGUAAAAAAUUAUGGUAUCUUCCCUCCCUUUAGUCCUAUAAAUAGAGUUCUUUGUGUAUAAGUGUUUGGUGAGGGGAAGUGAAUAGGCCAUUAUCAUCAAUCAAACUCUGUCUCCCUCUAUAUAAGUUCUCAGGUCUUUGAGUUUUGCAACCAGAAGCAAUAACAAGUCCCUUUACUGCAGUCUGUAAAAAUGGGCCGAGGCAGAGCUCCCUGCUGUGCAAAAGUGGGACUCAACAAGGGCUCGUGGACUCCAGAGGAGGACAUGCGGCUCAUUGCCUAUAUUCACAAGUACGGCCAUGGCAACUGGCGAGCUCUCCCGAAAUUUGCAGGGCUUCUGAGAUGUGGAAAGAGCUGCAGACUAAGGUGGAUCAAUUACCUUAGACCUGAUAUAAAGCGUGGUAACUUUACCAAAGAGGAGGAGGAUACCAUUAUCAAGCUCCACGGAUUACUAGGAAACAAAUGGUCUAAGAUUGCAUCUUGCCUACCGGGUAGAACUGAUAAUGAGAUCAAAAACGUGUGGAACACCCACUUGAAGAAAAGAUUGGUCUUGCCUACCGGGUAG